GCUCGGUAAAGUUUUCAGGAAACAGUUUGGCGUUGCGACCAACAAGAACACUUUUCCGGAUAGUUGACAAAAUCUUUUUUUUUUUUGGCGACACAUUGUUUCGAUUCACGAAAUAAAAGAUGCAAAGCAGCGCUUACGGCGCCCCGCUGGCCGGCGGUGCUUUUGAUUUGGAAAGAUUUGCAAAAAAGCCACAAACUAUUUUGCGUUUCCUGAGUUGGGUCUUUUCUAUCGUGGUUUUUGCAACCAUCACAGCUGAGGGCUACGUCAACUCAGCCCAAAAGCCGGACGCCACAUGCAUGUUUAACAACAGGGACAGCGCUUGCAGCUACGGCGUGGGAAUAGGAGUCAUCGCUUUCUUGGCGUCUGUCGUCUUCUUGGUUACGGACGCCUACUUCGAGCAGAUCAGCAACGCCAAGGAGAGAAGAUACAUCAUCAUCGGAGACUUGGGCUUCUCAGGGGUUUGGACGUUCCUGUGGUUCAUCUGCUUUUGUGUCCUGACCAACCAGUGGAAUUUGACCACUGACCCAGCCGUCCCGGCUGAUGCUGCACGAGCCGUUUUGACGUUCUCCUUCUUCUCCAUCCUCACCUGGGCUAUGCUGGCCUAUUUCGCCUACGAGAGGUACCGCCAAGGCGUGUCCGAGCUGGACCAGCAGUACACAGACCCUGGCACUGAGCACAACCCCCCUUACCCUCCCGCUCCGUACGCCACCGGCCCCGCCGGCUACCAGCAGUCCCCUUUCUCUCAAACCCAGGAGAAUCCUGGAGAGUACCAGCCGCCAGCUUACUGAAAGACUGUGUCCAGAUUCCAACAAUGAGGGGUGUUUAUAUAUUUUCCAAGUUCACCAGGUAGAUAUUUAAACCGUCCUCCUGUUUUCUUCCAGUUUGGGCAUGCACACGUCAUUUGUGGACGUUGCAUGAGGAAAAGGGUGUGUGGCUUUCUUGCCUUCAUAUCAAAACCACUGUAUUGACUUGAAUUAGCCACCAUGAGUGCCAUUUGAGAGGAUCUGACAAGGCUCCGAAGUGUAUUUUGUUAACAUGGACUAUUGAGUAUUGUUUAAUAUUUAUCUGCAAUUCAAACACAAGUUUCGGUGACAAACGUGUUUGAGGUCCCAGUAAAAGAACUACUGUCAUGAUUUGUUUUAACACCUAAAAAACAUAAUUGCUUUUUGUGCACUGAAACAUAAUCUUCAUUUCUUAAAGAUCCUUAUAUAUUUUAAAUAUUAUUUUAACGUAAAUGCGAUGGUUUGGUUAAGAGUGGUUUUCUUUUGCUUUAAAAGGUAGCUAAGCCACAUAUUGAUUUCUGCUACCUCGUUGUACUUUCAUGUGACUUUCUUCAGAUUUAAUGUCUACUUUAGACAACAUGUGAUGUGAAGAAGUCAGCAUUUUCAUAGAUUUAGGUUAUCAGCCCAGCCACAUGACAAUCACCUGAUUCGUAGGUCACUAUUUCUCUUUUUGCUUGUCUUGCAAGUUGUUCUCAAAGACUUCAUAUGCCUUAAGAGUAUUGCCUUUGCCAAAUAAAACGGUUUCCAAGCUUUGA